AUGACAAACCAAGUUGUUUUGAAGUAUGAAAAGCUAGAGAAAAUUGGAGAAGGUACAUAUGGUAAAGUCUAUAAAGCGAGGAACCGAGAGACACAUGAAAUUGUUGCACUUAAACGUGUUCGACUAGAAAAUGACGAUGAAGGUAUUCCUAGUUCAGCUUUUCGAGAAAUAUGUCUCUUAAAAGAACUUAAACAUAAAAACAUUGUCAGACUUUUUGACGUCCUGUUAAGCGAGUCAAGGCUAACAAUUGUAUUUGAAUAUUGUGAUCAGGAUUUGAAGAAAUACUUCGACAGUUGUAAUGGUGAUAUAGAUCAGAAUACUGUAAAGCUUUUCAUGUUCCAACUUCUACGUGGUCUUCAGUUUUGUCACAGUCACAACGUUUUACACCGAGACUUGAAGCCACAAAAUCUACUGAUCAAUGAUAAUGGAGAGUUAAAGUUGGCUGAUUUCGGUCUGGCUCGCGCAUACGGAAUACCCGUGCGACAAUACUCAGCAGAAGUUGUCACACUCUGGUAUCGACCACCAGAUGUUCUUCUUGGAGCUAAAUUAUACACAACCUCAAUUGAUAUGUGGUCAGCUGGUUGUAUUUUCGCUGAAAUGUCCAAUGCUGGAAGACCACUUUUUCCUGGUUAUGAUGUUGAUGAUCAAUUGCAGAGAAUUUUUAAAUUAUUAGGAACUCCCACUGAAUCAACCUGGCCAUCUGUUGUUGAAUUACCCGACUAUGAAGUAAGUAUUAAUACAUGACUUUUCUAAAAAAUAAUUGUUUUUCUCUAUCAAAACAUAUAAUCAUUCAACUACAACCUAAAAUAUUCAUCGGAAUUAUUAAAUUGGAACAUAUUUGCUAUGAGACGUUAAAGAUGAUGUGCGCGUCAAUGUUUUGAUGUAUUAAUGAGUGGAUUACGCCAACACCA